GUUGAAACGAUAAGAACAGUGAAGUUCGCUGAGCUAUCCGAUUCGGAGUUUUCCGCGCUGGCCACAUUCGACAGUUCCGUGACGGGGCUGAAACGCGAUCUCUGGUUGAAGCAGUGGCUCGGCCAAGAAAAUUUUGACGUUUUUGUCGCUUUUAAACAGAAUCAGUUGGUUGGUUACGGGUGCUCGCGAGAGGUGGCUGGUGGCUAUGUGCUACCGAUUGUGGUUGGGCCAUUAUACGCCAGUGACGCAGAAACUGCUUGCGCACUGCUUUAUGCGUCGCUGAAAAAGUACUACAAUCCGGAUGAGGACUAUGACUGGGAUCCAGACGUUUUCGCAGUCUAUCGAAGGGAUGUGCAUUUUGUAGUGCCGGAACAAAACGAACAAAUGAUGGAAGUGAUGCUAAAGCUGAAAGGCCAGACCGGCACGCUUGCAAAAAACCGACUGCAUUAUGCUAAUCGCAAUAUAGCAGCACCAAUGCGGGAUGCCCUCACUGGUGGUAUUCUUGGUACAUUUCAGACUCAGGCCACUGGCAGCCUACCGGAUGUUGAUUUCAAGAAAAUUUUCGCCGUUUCCGACUUGCACAUGGCUGUAGUAUGA